AUGGGUGUACGAAAUAAAGCUAGACUGGUCGCUCAAGGCUAUCCACAGCAAGAAGGAAUUGAUUACGAGGAGACCUUCGCCCCUGUUGCCAGCAUUAAUGCUGUUCUAUGCAAGGACUUUUCAAACAUCAUGAAAGGGGAAAUUGAAAUGAGUAUGAUAGGAGAAUUAAUCUUCUUCCUUGGGCUUCAAAUCAAGCAAGUACAGAUAGGGAUUUUCAUUAGUCAAACAAAGUACACAAAAGAGCUCAUCAAAAAAUUUUGCAUGUCUAAUGCAAAGGCCAUAGGGACGCCUAUGAGUCCGUCAACUACCUUGGAUGAAGUUAAAGAUGGUAAGAGUGUCGAUGAGAUAAUGUAUCGAGGUAUUAUUGGUUCUCUACUCUAUCUUACAGCUAGUCGACUAGAAAUUAUGUUUAGUGUUUGCAAAUGUUCAAGAUAUCAGUCAGUUCCUAAAGAGUCCCACUUGACUAUUGUUAAACGUAUUAUCAGAUAUUUGAUAGGGACAGUCGACUAUGGAUUGUGGUACGAAAGUUUAGAUAUCUUUGAUCUCAAAGGUUUUUCAGAUGCAGACUUUGCAGGAGAUAAAAUUGACAGGAAAAGCAGAGUGCAACGUGCUAGUUACUUGGAAAAUCUCUUAUAUCCUGGCACAACAAGAAACAAAGAUGUGUAG